AUGAACAAAACACUUGCUUUUAUAUUCUUUUUAAUUAUACUUAUUAAAGUUGCAAGUGUCCCGGCAACCGCUCAAACAAAUGAUCAAGGAAAUGUCUCAAACAUUAUAGCUUGCCCAUUCCCAAUGAUUCCAUUGAAUUUAAAAGAAGGCUUGUCACAGGACAAUACUUCAUUAUGUCAAAAUGGUUGUUGUUUAGCAUGUCCUAUCGUGAAUAACUUUUAUAAAACAGGUCAAAUUGACUUGAUAUAUCGUACUUUAGGUUUUAUAAGAUUAAUAUCGUUUAUCUGUAUAUUAAUUUUGGUUGCCAGUUACAUUGUACUGCCUAAUAAACGGGAAAAUCCCGCUUUGAUCGUUCUCUGUUUUAAUUUAAGUCUUUUGAUCUUUCUUGGGGUGUCCUUCUUUUAUUUUGGAGAUUUUAAAAGAAUUCAAUGCGUCAAUUCAAUAACUCAAUCAACCAUGCAAAAUAAUACUUUAUGCGGCGUUCAAGCACAAGCAAUAAUUUUACUUAUAUCAACUGUAUUUGCAAUAUUGCCGGUUGUAUUGCAAAAGAUUGAAUUUGAAUUUGGAGCCGUUUGUUUGGUUUCAUCUGAAUCAUCGAAUUUAUUAUUUUGGUAUCCUUUGGCGGUAUUCGUUAUUCCAGGAUUCAUGAUACAUGUUUGGACUUUUGUUUUUAUUGGAAAAUCUCAGUGUAUGUUUAACUCGGGUUUUGAAGAUUCAACACUAGUGGAAGAAAGCUCAGAGACAAAAGGAAAAUCAAUAACAGAAAUUACAGGUAGUGAGAUAGUGAGAGCAGUAAAGGUUCAAUGGCGUGCUCUUAUGCUAGCUUUAAUAUUUAUGAUUACUUAUAUGAUAUAUUGGUCAUAUUUUAUUUUUGAAAUAAACAGAAAAUUAUAUCCAGGUACAUUUCUGGAACCAUGGUUCUCAACAUGGUUAAAAUGUAUUAUUGAGAAUGGGACCAAAAGUAAAAAUGCACAAAACAUAUGUUCAGUUUAUUCGAUAAAUUAUGUUCCAAAUGUUGCAUAUUUAGCCACUGCCGAGUCUUUAACGGCUUUAUUAGGAGUUAGCAUAUUCAUUGUAUUUGGUACAAGUGUUGGUCUUUGGUCUGAAUGGAAGUUAUUUUUAAUGAACAAAUUUGGUGCUUCCGAAACUUUGUCAAAUAAUAGAUCUUGGGUAUAA